CGGGGAUUGGGCAGCGCCAGGCGUGGGCGGGAUGUGGGCGUGGCCUGGCGGCGUCCGGCCCAGGCGAGGUGAAACUGCGGGAGUUCCGGCGGGAGGCCCGUGCUGACGGCCCGCACCUUCACCAUGGCCUCGGCCGAGCUGGAUUACAGCAUCGAGAUCCCGGAUCAGCCCUGCUGGAGCCAGAGUAUGGAAGGGGACUGGGGAGAGAACCCCAGCCAAGAUGGGAAGGAAGCCAGGAAGCGACUGCCCGUGGUGAUUCUCUUGGGCUGGGGUGGCUGCAGAGACAAGAAUCUGGCCAAGUACAGUGCCAUCUACCAUAAAAGGGGCUGCAUUGUGAUCCGAUACACGGCCCCCUGGCACAUGGUCUUCUUCUCUGAGUCUUUGGGCAUCCCCUCACUUCGUGUGAUGGCCCAGAAGCUGCUCGAGCUCCUCUUUGACUACGAGAUUGAGCGAGAGCCUCUGCUCUUCCAUGUCUUCAGCAAUGCUGGUGUCAUGCUCUAUCGCUACGUGCUAGAGCUCCUUCAGACCCAUCAGCGCUUCGGCCACCUGCAUGUCGUGGGCACCAUCUUUGACAGUGGUCCUGGGGACAGCAACCUGGUAGGGGCCCUGAGGGCCCUGGCAAUCAUCCUGGAGCGCCGGCCCGUUGUGCUGCGCCUGUUGCUCGUGGUGGCCUUUGCCCUGGUGGUCGUCCUGUUCCACUUCCUGCUGGCUCCGGUCACUGCCCUCUUCCACACCCACUUCUAUGACAGGCUGCAGAACUCAGGCUCCCACUGGCCUGAGCUCUACCUCUACUCCAGAGCUGAUCAGGUGGUCUCAGCCAGGGAUGUGGAGCGCAUGGUAGAGGCACGCCUGGCUCACCAGGUCCUGGUGCGCUCGGUGGACUUUGUAUCAUCUGCGCAUGUCAGCCACCUCCGUGACUAUCCUACUUACUAUACAAGUCUGUGUGUUGACUUCAUGCAUAACUGUGUCCAGGGCUGAGGUCCUGCUCCAUAAAUAAACGCCGGGGACAUCCCUUCACCUUACAUCUGUCCUGGGGGACUGCUGCCAUGGAUGCUCGCACAGAUCCUGGGGUGGGAGUGCCAGGGCAAGUUUCUGUGGGGCAGCCUUGCAGUGAUUUGGACAAGUACAAUGUUCUUACGGUGUUUGGACUAUAAAAGGUUAACAGUGUGUGUGUUGGGUGAAUGGCUUGAGGCUAAACCCCAGAGUUGUUUGGGGGGGUCGGGAAGUGGUGGCUGAGGAGCUAGUUCAGUUGGUAAGGUGCUGGUUGUAUAAUCAUGAGUUCAAACUCAGAACUCACAUUUUUGAAAAAAAGCCAGGCAUGAUGGCACACAUUUAAAAUCUGGGGAGGUGGAGAUAGUCAGGUGCCUGGAGGCUUACAUGCAACCAGCCUAGUCUACCAUUGAGCCCCAGGCCAAUGAGAGGACCUGUCUCAAAAAGCAAAGUGAGUGGUACCUGAGGAAUUACACCCUAGGUGGACCUCAGCCUCCACAUGCAUCUGCACACAGUGUAGCUGCACGCACACAAACACACACCCAGGUUGUGGUAAGAACCCUGCACAUGGGACCUUUCAACAAAUUCCAAAUGUGUACUCAGUGACCUGGUUGUUAACUGGGAGCACAGUCCCUAUGUGUGCAGCUUGUAAAGAAGAUCCCCAGUUCUAAGGUACUUUCAUGAUCUAGAAUUUAAUCAUCUUGGAUAACUGAAGUUUUAUACUUGUUCCCAGAAUUGAGUUUAGGGGUGUGUGUGUGUGUGUGUGUGUGUGUGUGUGU